AUGAAUCAAUGGAAGUCGGGUCUACGUGUGUGGAAGACAGUGAAUCUGUGUGUUAUAAAGGCACAAGAUAUUAAUACAGAAAGGACUGAACAAGUUAUAAAUGGUGGAAAUAGUGAGCAAAUAUCUACUUUAGAAAACAGUGAAUCUGUAAUCUAUAACAAAAUUGAUUCGAUUAUCUGUGCUGAAAACAGUGAAUCAACAAUGAAAACAGAAAACAAUGAGUCAUGCGCCAAUUUAGAUAACAGUGAACCGGUGUCAAACACUGAAAUAUAUAAAGAUUUUAUAGAACUUGAAAUAUUUGUUCAAAGUGGAGAUGCUGAGACUGACAUUGAGAUUGAAAAGAUCGUUGGAAUUGUAAACGCUGAUAACAGUGUAAAUGUGUUUGAUGAUCGUUCCAAUGCAGCAACUGAUCAAAAUAGUGAAUUAGAUAUUUCUCUGAAUUGCAAAGAGUCAAAUGUUACUAUAUUGGAUGAAUUUAAUGGCAGUGUUGUAGCAGGUGUUAAUGAUGAAUCGAUUGGUGGUAAAGAAACUGAGAUUGACGAAUACUUUCAACAAGCAUAUUCUGUCAUAGGUGAAAGUUCUUUCAUUGGAAACAAUAGAGACAAAAAUAGUGUAAAAGAUAUUACAACAAAUGUUGAAAAUGAAACAUGUUUGGAUCUAGGAGAAAAUGAAGAAUAUGAAGAUAUAAAUAAUGACAAAGAUGCAAAUGACCCAGAUUAUAAUCCUAGUGAAGAGGGUGAAUACGCGUCACCAUCGGAAGACGAUAUUGAUCAUGAAGAAACCGUAGAAAAUGAAUCUGUAAAGGCAAAUGAUAAACAAAAUGGAAAAGGAGAAAGGCAGAGACAUCGUAAUAAACAGUUGCGUAUGUCAGGGAAUGCAUACAAAGGAAUGAAAAAAGUGGAUGGGAAGUGGGGAUUCCAUGUUGAAAAGUCCGCAAGGACGUUGUCUGAAAAAAGGUGUUCAUCACGCUGCCAAACCUCUAAUAUAAAAAAUUGCAAAACCGUAACAGAAGCAGAUAGGAGAGAGAUAUUUACUAAUUUUUGGACAAACAUGACAACAUGGGAUGAAAGGCGUGUAUAUGUAAACUCGCUUAUAAAUGCUAAAGCAGUGGAGGAACCUACACUUGAAAAUGGAAAACCAAGUAGAAGAACUCGAACCCUCACAUACCAUCUAAGAAUUAAUGAAGAGCGUAUUGUCAUACAAGAAAGAAAGCUCAAGAAGAAAGACACGGCCAGCUACGUAUGA